AGAAAAUCCUUCAGCUGCUGCACCCACAUGUCAAGAACUGGGGUUCCUUACUGCACAUGUAUGGUCGUGAGAGCAGCAAAAUGGUCAAGCAGGAGACCUCUGACAAGAGUGUGAUAGAGCUACAGCAGUAUGCCAAGAAGAACAGGCCCAACCUUCACAUCCUGAGCAAGCUACAAGAAGAGAUGAAGAGGCUGGCUGCAGAGCGGGAGGAGACUCGGAAGAAACCCAAGAUGUCAAUUGUAGCAUCUGCCCAGCCUGGUGGUGAGCCCUUGUGCACAGUCGAUGUAUGAGGUAGGCAGCAUGGGCCAACAGUGCUACCCAGGAGAGACCAUCAGCCACACAUCAUCACUCUGCAGCUCCAGGCCUCCAACCUAAGUUCCUUCCCUGUGGCAGGGUCUGGGCUCUGGCUCUGGCACAUGGGGACAGCUGUGACAACACAGUACACAUGCAAAGAAGCAGUUCUGGACAAGCUGCUCUCAAUGUGACUGGAUAUACUCAAGGAUCAGUCAUAAGUUAACUGCGCAAGUGGAAGCUGAUAGACAGCUGCAGAUCCUGCUUGUAUGUAUCUGCUGCGGACCGUUUUUAUGAAGGUUUUCAUUAAUUUUAGUACACUAUAUGCACUGACAAGAAGUAACACUUCGUUGAUAGAUGAGAUGACCAGGUUUUAUAGCUUUGGCUGGCCUAUGUUGCCAGGUAGCCCCUUUGCUAUGGUUCUUUCUGGUGGAGCCACUGAGACUUGGUCAGAAGAUGCAGGUAUCCUGUCCUGUAGUACUACCUGCUUUGUGUGUUUUGCAUUUUCUUCUGGAAAAAGUUAUAACAGAUAGGAAUAUUUCAGGCUAUUUUGGCUUAAAAUAAAACAAAAUUUUAGCACCAAAAAAAAAAAAAAAUGUCCCCUCCCAAGCCUGUCAGUCUCUUGUCUGAACUUGUUACCAGGCUCCAGCUGAGACCUUAAGCCACACCCAGCAAUCACAACAACGGUUUGGCUUUCUUGGGAGAUUUCCAGGAAGUCGCGUAGGCAUAGCCUGUCACCAGUCAGAGCACCUUGCAAAACAGCUCCUUUGGGCCUGGAUGACUUAUGAACAUCUAUGGCAGCAACCAAGAUGUUCCCGCAUCCUGUGUGUUGUCUCCAUGUUUGAAGGCACGAGAAUUGAGAAUUAGAGGAUGCAACAUGUCAUCCAGAACAAGGAAGCUUUGCGCUUCUGCAUCCAGUAUGGGUUGGUGAAACGCUUCGCAAAGCCCUCUCCACAAGAUGGGCCACACUUUUCCUAGAAUCUUCUGCGUCUAGUCGGUUGAGACAGUUCACAUCUGCUAACCCCCUCUCUCGUGAACGCAUCAAUUAAUAAUACACUUAGGCAGGCUAACGACCUUUGCUUAAAGUUUGGAUGGCCUUUGGAACUGCUUUUAGAAUUUAGGGGUGGAUUUUAUUUCUAAGCAAAAGCAGUUACAGGAUGUGUGUGUGUGUGUGUGUCUGUGCAUGUAUGCAUAUACACUCAUAUAUACUGAUAUAUGAUGCAUAGACAUAUACAUCUGGUGCUCACAUAUAUGUGAGUACACGUGUGUAUAUAUUUUCAAAAAAAGUUAACCAAUUAUGUAAACUCAGUUUGCUGAUUGCCUGUCACCUCUACAAGUGCCAGGGUUUCCAUGAUUCAAGAAUUGCCUUGCCCUUUUAGAACCUUCUUUUUGGUUAAACUCCCACUCCCAGUCCUGGGACUCUCCUUUCACACGUGGCCGUGGCCGGGUCAUCGGAGCAAUGACCUCAGCUCAGAAUCUCUCAACAUCCAAGCCACAGAGGCUCCCCGCAUUCCUUCCUCUUCCCCGCACCAGCGGUGCCCAAGGGGAAGACCUCUCACGGGUGGCUGGGGCACCUCGAGUUACAUUACGGCCCCAAAUCUCUCCCGGCUCCCUUUGCCACACUUCCGGCCCCUGACCACCCUGGAAGGCUAAGCUGUGGCACAGCCCUCCGCCGCCCAGGGUCGGGAGCCCGUGGGGCAGGCGUCCGAGAGAAGGAGAUGGGGAAGGGGAGCGAGCCGCGCCCUCGGGCCGGCCAGGAGGGCGCCGCGGCCUCAGCCCGAGGACCCCGCGUCGCUCUCCCGAGCCAGGGUUCUCGGGAGCGGGCCGCGCAGGAGACGUUGGCGGGAGGGGUUCGUAGCUGUUGGGGGAACCGGCUCCUGGGGAACUGUCCCUUUCAGGGAGGCUACCGUGUGUAAGCCGCCGUCAGCCCUCCCUGGUGACAUCGACCAGAGGGGUGCAAGUGGCGACGUGCGGUGCAGUGCGGUUCGGUGCGCCUGGCACGCCUGGCUUUGCGGUUCAGGAGCCCGGGGCUGCGCGGUUGGCCCCGCCCGGCAGCGCCCCGGGGGCCGAGCAUCAGCGGGCAGAGCUGCAGCAGGCUGUGGCUUACUAGGCAAUGCAUCGCCAGAGCUCCAAGAGUGGAGUCGCUCUGCCUCCAGUGGGCCAAGGUCCUGAUGCUUGUCAAAUGCUCAGCAGAGCUCAGCUUGGCCAGGAUCCCCCACAGAGAACCGUGCUAGGGGUGUUGACUGAAAAUGAGCAGUACAGGAGGACCUGUGGCCAGGAGAUCACAGCAAUCAGAUGUUUUUCUGGAUCAGAAAAUGUCUUCCCUGCGGCUGGAAAGAAAGUGCUCUCUGACCAUGGGGUCAAUGAACCAGCCAAACGUGGGUUUGAUAUCUAUAUGGAUGAUCCUGAACAGGGGGACAGAGAUACCUGCUCGGGGAAAGAGGGCAUCAUAUUUGAGGAUGUGUAUGAAGUCGACACCAGCAUGCUCAAGUCAGAUCUCCACUUCCUGCUGGAUUUCAACACAGGUAAUCUGGCUCCCUUAGGGCUGCCAGUGCCCUGUGCUCACAGCCUCCUGCCGUGUUCCAGUCCAGUAGCUGGCAUCGGAGACAUGAAGUGAUGACUGUUCUCAGCUUCCUGUGCGGGUGAGUGCCUGUGAUGAGCCUGUAAUGAAAUGACUUACCUGGCCACAUUGUACCUCUGCAGUUUCCCCAAUGCUGGUUGACCCCACCACCCAUGCCCAGUCAGAGGAAGCAACGGAUUUUGGUUCAGAUGUGAUUAACGUAACGGAGUAUGCAGAGGAGAUUCAUCGCUACCUUCGAGAAGCUGAAGUAAGACACAGACCCAAGGCUCACUACAUGAGGAAGCAGCCGGACAUCACGGAGGGCAUGCGCGCCAUCCUGGUGGACUGGCUGGUGGAGGUUGGGGAAGAAUAUAAACUUCGCACAGAGACCCUGUACUUGGCUGUCAACUUCCUGGACAGGAAAUAUGAAGAGAUAUAUCCGCCCGACGUGGAUGAGUUUGUCUACAUCACCGACGAUACGUACACAAAGCGACAGCUACUGAGGAUGGAGCAUCUGCUACUCAAAGUCCUGGCAUUUGAUCUGACCGUUCCAACCACCAACCAAUUCCUCCUUCAGUACCUAAGGCGUCAAGGAGUGUGCAUCAGGACUGAGAAUUUGGCCAAGUAUGUUGCAGAACUGAGCCUUCUGGAAGCUGACCCAUUCUUGAAGUAUCUUCCUUCCUUGGUUGCUGCAGCAGCUUACUGCCUGGCAAACUAUAUUGUGAACAGACACUUCUGGGUACCUGCACGUGUCCCUCAUGGAGCCGCCUGUAGUUCUUCCCCUGCAGUGAAUGGCAAAGCUCAUUGGCCACAUCAGCAGGCUUGCUCUGAGGUUUCUGCGAGUGGGGCCAACUAACGUCAGUUGUACAUAACACCUUCAACAUGAGAAUGUUAGGUUCUCUUAGAUUUCAGUAGUUUAUAAUUUAUAUAGAUAUAGACAGGUAUUUUAAAAGAAUAAACAACUUGCUGUUUGGCUGUG